AUGCUUUCAAUGCCAUUCCUCCCUUCUUCAUUGAAGGGUGGUCCUGCCGCAAUGUUAUUAUCCGCAUUAUCACUGUUAUUGAGUCCGGCCUUGGUGUCGGCUAGUUCGGCUGCUGAUUAUUAUGUGCACUCGUUACCUGGGGCGCCGGAAGGCCCUUUCUUGAAGAUGCAUGCUGGACACAUCGAGGUCGAUCCCAGCAUCAACGGCAACCUGUUCUUCUGGCAUUUCCAGAACCGCCACAUCGCGAACCGACAGCGCACUGUCAUUUGGCUGAACGGUGGCCCAGGAUGUAGUUCAAUGGAUGGCGCAUUAAUGGAAGUUGGGCCCUACCGACUCCAGGACGACCAUACGUUGAAGUACAACGAAGGCAGGUGGGAUGAGUUUGCCAAUCUGCUCUUCGUCGAUAAUCCCGUCGGUACUGGGUUCAGUUAUGCGAAUACCGAUAGCUAUAUCCAUGAGCUGGAUGAGAUGGCUGCCCACUUCAUUAUCUUCUUGGAAAAGUUCUUUGAACUAUUCCCCGAGUAUGCGAACGAUGACCUAUAUCUCGCUGGUGAAUCAUAUGCUGGCCAGCAUAUCCCAUAUAUCGCAAAGGCUAUUCAAGAUCGCAACAAGGGUGUUGCAGAGAACGGAGGCACAGAGUGGCCUGUGAAGGGCUUGCUGAUCGGUAACGGUUGGAUCUCUCCUACAGACCAGUACCCUUCGUACUUUAAGUUCGUCGAGAGGGAAGGCCUCAUCAAACCCGGCACAUCCCUCUACGACAACAUUAAUGUACUCAACGAAGUCUGUCUCUCAAAGCUGGAGACUCCCGCCGCAAAGAACAAACUUGAUUUAGGCGCGUGCGAGUUUGUCUUGGAACAAUUCCUCCGUCUCACCACCGAAAAUCACGAGUGUUACAACAUGUACGAUGUCCGUCUCAAGGACCAGGAGGUAUCCUGUGGCAUGAACUGGCCCCCCGACCUGAAAAAGAUUGAGCCGUAUCUCCAGCGACCGGACGUAGUCAAAGCCCUGAACAUCAACCCAGCAAAGAAAUCCGGCUGGACAGAAUGCGCUGGUAUGGUUCAUCAGGCUUUCACCGCAAAGAACUCCAUUCCCUCCGUCCACCUGCUCCCAGGCCUGAUCGAAUCGGGUAUCAACGUCCUGCUCUUCAGUGGCGACAAAGACCUCAUCUGCAACCACAUCGGAACAGAGACUCUGAUCCACAACAUGAAAUGGAAAGGUGGCACCGGCUUUGAAACCUCCCCAGGAGUCUGGGCCCCGCGCCAUGACUGGACCUUCGAAGACGAGCCCGCUGGCAUCUACCAAUCUGCCCGUAACCUCACCUACGUGCUCUUCUACAACUCCAGUCACAUGGUUCCAUUUGACAACCCCCGCCAGACCCGCGACAUGCUCGACCGUUUUAUGAAGGUCGAUAUCGCCAGCAUCGGCGGCCAGCCUUCUGAUUCACGUAUCGACGGCGAGAAGUUACCCCAGACUGCUGUUGGUGGACAGGCUAAUAGCACUGCUGCCGAAGAGAGUGAGAAGGAGAGGUUGAAACAGACUAAGAUACACGCGUAUACCAAGUCUGGCGAGGCUGCCCUCAUCGUUGUGAUUAUCGGUGUGACCGUUUGGGGCUUUUUCAUCUGGCGUAGUCGUCGUCGUGUUCGUCGGGGCUACAAGGGCGUCUCCAAUAAUGGUACGUCAGAUAGUACAUCUAUUCUCAGCAGAUUCCAGAGCAAGCCUUCUGGCGCUGAUGUUGAGGCUGGUGAUUUCGAUGAGUCUGAGCUCGACCAUCUUCAUUCCCCUGGCCUUGAGCGGGAGCAUUACGCUGUUGGCGAAGCUAGUGAUGAUGACGAGCAUGUUUCGCAUCCGGGAACUGGUGAAAACCGCCAGUCUUCAUAG